AUGAUCUGCGGCUUCGCAAGGAGAGGGGACAUUGGUGCCGCCCGGGAGCUGUUCGGCGAGAGCCCUGUGAAGGACAUCGUGUCUUGGAACAUGAUGAUCACGGCAUAUGCAACGCUGGGUGAUAUGGCCCCGGCGAGGGAGCUCUUCGACGGGGCUCCUGAUCGUGAUGUUGUGUCGUGGAACGCCAUGAUCUCUGGGUACGUGAGGUGCGGCUCGCACAAGCAAGCAAUGGAGCUCUUUGAGCAGAUGCAGGCCAUGGGAGAAAAGCCAGAUACUGUCACGAUGCUCAGCUUAUUGUCAGUCUGUGCCGAUUCUGGUGAUCUGGAUGCUGGCCGCAGACUGUACAGGUUUCUGUCAGGGAGGUUUUCAAGAAUUGGGCCUAGCACUGUUCUUGGAAACGCACUGAUCGGCAUGAUCCAUGGUGAGAUCGAACUGGCUGAACAUGCGAAUUGGGAACUUCUAAAGGCAAGGAGUGAUGCAAGUGGGGAUUUUGUGCUUCUGUCGAACAUUUAUGCAUCAGUUGGAGAAUGGCUGGGGUCAGAGAAUAUGAGAAAGUUGAUGGACGACAGUGGUGUCAACAAGGAGGCAGGCCGUGCAGUUGUAGAUGGCAGUUCGAAGGAUCUAAUACAAUCUUCUAGACUGUUCUAA